GUUCUCUUUGUUCCGCAGCCAUUUCAGGCCGGAGCGGAGGCGGCGCCGCUGCGGCAGAGGGCCCGAGCGCCGGAGCCUCUGGGAUGGUGUGGGACCGGCAAACCAAGAUGGAGUACGAGUGGAAACCCGACGAGCAGGGGCUCCAGCAGAUCCUGCAGCUGCUCAAGGAGUCCCAGUCCCCGGACACCACCAUCCAGCGGACCGUGCAACAAAAACUGGAACAACUCAAUCAAUAUCCAGAUUUUAACAACUACCUGAUUUUUGUUCUUACAAAAUUAAAAUCUGAAGAUGAACCCACAAGAUCACUGAGUGGUCUCAUUUUGAAGAAUAACGUGAAAGCACAUUUUCAGAACUUCCCGAAUGGUGUAACAGACUUUAUUAAGAGUGAAUGUUUAAACAAUAUUGGUGACUCCUCUCCUCUGAUUAGAGCCACCGUAGGUAUUUUGAUUACAACCAUAGCCUCCAAGGGAGAAUUGCAGAAUUGGCCUGACCUCUUACCAAAACUCUGUAGCCUAUUGGAUUCUGAAGAUUACAACACAUGUGAAGGAGCGUUUGGCGCCCUUCAGAAGAUAUGUGAAGAUUCUGCUGAGAUUUUAGAUAGUGAUGUUUUAGAUCGUCCUCUCAACAUCAUGAUUCCCAAAUUUUUACAGUUCUUUAAGCACAGUAGUCCGAAAAUAAGGUCUCACGCUGUGGCGUGUGUCAAUCAGUUCAUCAUCAGUAGGACUCAAGCUCUGAUGUUGCACAUUGAUUCUUUUAUUGAGAAUCUCUUCGCGUUGGCUGGUGAUGAAGAACCAGAGGUACGAAAAAACGUGUGCCGAGCACUGGUGAUGCUGCUGGAAGUGCGAAUGGACCGCCUGCUUCCUCACAUGCAUAACAUAGUCGAGUACAUGCUACAGAGGACCCAAGAUCAAGAUGAAAAUGUGGCUUUAGAAGCCUGUGAAUUUUGGCUCACUUUGGCUGAGCAGCCAAUAUGCAAAGAUGUACUCAUAAGGCAUCUUCCUAAGUUGAUUCCUGUGUUAGUGAAUGGCAUGAAGUACUCAGAUAUAGAUAUUAUCCUACUUAAGGGUGAUGUUGAAGAAGAUGAAACUAUUCCUGAUAGUGAACAGGAUAUACGGCCACGUUUUCAUCGCUCAAGGACGGUGGCUCAGCAGCAUGAUGAAGAUGGAAUUGAAGAGGAAGAUGAUGACGACGACGAAAUUGAUGACGACGAUACAAUUUCUGACUGGAAUCUAAGAAAAUGUUCUGCUGCUGCCCUAGAUGUUCUUGCAAAUGUUUAUCGUGAUGAGCUUUUGCCACAUAUUCUGCCCCUUUUGAAAGAAUUACUUUUUCAUCAUGAAUGGGUUGUUAAAGAAUCAGGCAUCUUGGUUUUAGGAGCAAUUGCUGAAGGUUGCAUGCAAGGCAUGAUUCCAUACCUGCCUGAGCUCAUUCCUCACCUUAUCCAGUGCCUCUCUGAUAAAAAGGCUCUUGUGCGUUCCAUAACGUGCUGGACUCUUAGCCGCUAUGCACACUGGGUAGUCAGCCAGCCCCCAGAUACGUACCUGAAGCCAUUAAUGACAGAAUUGCUAAAGCGUAUCCUGGACAGCAACAAGAGAGUACAGGAAGCUGCCUGCAGUGCCUUUGCCACCCUGGAGGAGGAGGCCUGUACAGAGCUUGUUCCUUACCUGGCUUACAUACUUGAUACUUUGGUCUUCGCGUUUAGUAAAUACCAGCAUAAGAACCUGCUCAUUCUUUACGAUGCCAUAGGAACGUUAGCAGAUUCAGUAGGACAUCAUCUAAACAAACCAGAAUAUAUUCAGAUGCUAAUGCCUCCACUGAUCCAGAAAUGGAACAUGUUAAAGGAUGAAGAUAAAGAUCUCUUCCCUUUGCUUGAGUGCCUGUCUUCAGUUGCCACAGCCUUGCAGUCUGGCUUCCUUCCAUACUGUGAACCUGUGUAUCAGCGUUGUGUAAACCUAGUACAGAAGACCCUUGCACAAGCCAUGCUGAACAAUGCUCAACCGGAUCAAUAUGAGGCUCCAGAUAAAGAUUUUAUGAUCGUGGCUCUUGAUUUACUCAGUGGCCUGGCGGAAGGACUUGGCGGCAACAUCGAACAGCUAGUAGCCCGAAGUAACAUUCUAACACUAAUGUAUCAGUGCAUGCAGGAUAAAAUGCCAGAAGUUCGACAGAGUUCCUUUGCCUUGUUAGGUGACCUGACGAAAGCUUGCUUUCAGCACGUUAAACCUUGUAUAGCUGAUUUCAUGCCAAUAUUGGGAACCAACCUAAACCCAGAGUUCAUUUCAGUCUGCAACAAUGCCACGUGGGCGAUUGGAGAGAUCUCCAUCCAGAUGGGUAUAGAGAUGCAGCCUUAUAUCCCUAUGGUGUUGCACCAGCUUGUAGAAAUCAUUAACAGACCCAACACACCAAAGACGUUGUUAGAGAAUACAGCAAUAACAAUUGGUCGUCUUGGUUACGUUUGUCCUCAAGAGGUGGCCCCCAUGCUACAGCAGUUUAUAAGACCCUGGUGCACCUCUCUGAGAAACAUAAGGGACAAUGAGGAAAAGGACUCAGCAUUUCGUGGGAUUUGUACCAUGAUCAGUGUGAAUCCCAGUGGAGUGAUCCAAGAUUUUAUAUUUUUUUGUGAUGCUGUUGCAUCAUGGAUUAACCCAAAGGAUGAUCUGAGAGACAUGUUCUGUAAGAUCCUUCAUGGAUUUAAAAAUCAAGUUGGGGAUGAAAAUUGGAGGCGUUUCUCUGACCAGUUUCCGCUUCCCUUAAAAGAGCGUCUUGCAGCUUUUUAUGGUGUUUAAUCUCGUACACUAGAGCUGCAGUCCCAUGAUUAGGGGUCCUUCGGUCUUGGAGACUGUGAGGGAGCCUCUGCACCCAGGGAAAAUGUUACCCUUUACAGGGGGGAAGGGUAAACCAGUAGGGAAUACAGUACAAUCCCAACCCUACUGGGAGGGGUGGGAGGGAGGUGUUACCGUCACUGUAUUAAGUCGAUGUUGGGAAACGUUUUAACAUCUGGAGCUUUUGUGGGUGGAAAUCUGUCUCCAAUUACAACUCCGCACUGGAUGUGAAGAAGCAAAAAAAACUAUUCAGUCUACUCACAAGACAGUACAUUCUGGAAUAUUAUGGGGAAUUGUACCGAAACAAGAACCAUAUAAAUGAUGCAUAGGGAUAAGAGAGGAAAAAUUCUAUAGCGCACAAUAAAGGAAACCUAAGAAUGGGGGUUACAAACAGUAAAGAAGCUUUUUUUUUUUUUUAAUUUAAAGGUUUUUAUAAAUUUUCCUCCAUGAUGGGGCCUUGUAUUUGCAUGCUGAUGAAGAACUACAUAAAUGAAGCUAAUAGUUAAAAUCAGCUUGCCUACCCAUAGUAGAAGCAGGUUCUUGGAAGUUACAAUUUAAGGUACCCCAGAAAAAGUUGGAAAUAAAACAAAACAAACUUAAACAAUGAGGCACCCUGUGAAAUGCCAACUGAGUCACUCCUUUUACCUUGGUGGGGUGGGCAGGGAGGGAGGAAUAAGUGGGGCUGGGCAUAUCAGACUAAAGAUUGACAUCUUGAUUUUGCAUUAAAACAUUAAUGUAGUGGAUAUAAUUUGAUGGUUGUACUGCAUUAGAUUUAAUUUCUAGGCGAAGACGUUCUUUUUAAAGUGCAGUUGAAGGUUCAGGCAUGCAUUCUGGCUCGUGGUGAGGGAAGUCCUAUAAUUAGUGGGAGGAGCAUGCUUGCAGCAUGGGGCGAGAUUGGCAUCUUACCUGGGGCGCCAGUGUGUGUUGCUGUAGACCGAUUCAAUAUAGCCCUGCAUUUAAAAUUCUUUUUUAAGAUUUGUGGAUUUUAUUUUUAUUAAGAAUAUAGGUAUAAAGUACUGUAGUUUACAGCUAGGCCUUGAAAUAUCUUUUUAGGAUCUGUUAGGAAUAAGAUUGAUAUUGUAUUGUGUGUAACCUGCACAAUGUGGAAAGCUGAUAUACCUGUGCAAAAUCUUUGCCUCUGUGCUGUCAGUGUGAUGUGCUUUCUGCAUGGUUAUAUACUACUAGUGAUUUUAUCAAAACUUCUCAAACUUAAAUUACAUGGUAAAAGAUCUGUAAGAGGCUGCAUAAUGUUAGUUGGCACAUAAAGACAAAUGUAGAAGUUGAAGACAUGAUUGCUAUACUUCAAUGUUUAUUCCCACUCAACAUAUUGCCUUCUAAGCUUUCUUUUUUUGUUCAAAGCAUGAUCUUAAAGAUAUGUUUAAGUUAAUGGAUGUAACGCAGGGUUCCUACACUGUAUUGGCACAUGUUGGUGGCCCUCUGUGCCCUAAAUAUACGCACACAGGGUGCAAGUAAAAAGCUACAGAGUGAAAGUUGGUUUGGAUCCUCUUCAUUUCAUUUGUUUAGCUUUUCUGUUAUUUUUCUCUACUUACAUGUAUUCCUGUGAAUAAAUCCUUGUUAAGUUAACCCUUUACUUUUCCUUCCAUGUGUAUUUUCUUAUAUACUGUGAAUGUGAAAACCUAACUGGUACACUUGAUCUUGUGUCCAUAUGAAAGUGCAAGUCUUUAUUAAUUGGAUUGCCUGAGCAGUGUAUCCCAUGAUGAUGAAGGAAAAUGGAGAGAUUUUUCUUUUUAACUCUGCUGGUCAGAGAUGAAGCCACACCUUUCCAUUUUUCAAUGCUGCAUAUUUAAUCUGCAACAGAAAUGUUAAGCCAUAACAACCUUUUAUAUUUCAGUUUGUCACCUUUGCAUUGCAGAAUAAAUUCUGAAUAACCAUUUUUAUAAGCA